GCUGCUUUCAUAACAAACUGUGUGGUGUUCAUGACUUUUUGCCUGCACUAAAAAUCUUAUGUAACAGUAUUUGCUAUAAGUUUCACAGGUGGUCAAGGCUGGAUUCCUUACAGCACCACAAGAAGCUCUUUACCAUGUCAGACUAUAAUUGGUUUGAAGGAAUACCGUUCCGUGCCAUCAGGUUUAAAAAAGAAAUGAUUGAAGAGAUUCUUAAUAACUUUGUGAUGAGAGAUGAAGACACAGUCAUAGUGACUUACCCCAAAUCAGGAACUCACUGGCUGAUUGAGAUUGUCUGCUUGAUUCAGACCAAAGGAAAUCCCAAGUGGAUCCAAUCUGUGCCCAUCUGGGAACGCUCACCCUGGAUGGAAACUCAAUUAGGAUAUCCAAUAAUAAUCAAUAAGGAAGGACCACGCCUCAUCACCUCCCACCUUCCCUUCCAUCUUUUUCCCAAGUCUGUCUUCAGUUCCAAGGCCAAGAUUCUCUAUAUCAUAAGAAAUCCCAGAGAUGUUCUUGUGUCUAGCUAUUUUUUCUGGAGUAAGACAAAUCUUAUUAAGAAUCCAGAGUCACUGGAAACUUACUUUGAAUGGUUCCUCAAAGGAAAUGUCUUAUAUGGAUCAUGGUUUGAGCACACCCGUGCCUGGCUGUCCAUGAGAAAAUGGAGCAAUUUUCUGAUGUUAAGCUAUGAAGACAUGAAAAAGGACACAAGAGGAACCAUAGAGAAGAUCUGUGACUUCCUAGGAAAGAAAUUAGAGCCAAAUGAGCUGGAUCUGGUCCUCAAGAAUAGCUCCUUCCAAUCCAUGAAAGAAAAUAACAUGUGCAAUUAUAGUCUCAUAAGUAAAGAUAUGGUUACUAACAGCUUGGUGCUCAUGAGAAAAGGCACAACUGGGGACUGGAAGAAUCACAUUACAGUAGCACAAGCUGAGGCCUUUGAUAAAGCAUUCCAGGAAAACAUGGCUGGAUUUCCUCCAGAGCUAUUCCCAUGGAAAUAAACUCUAAACACUAGAAUCUUAUAUCUAUACUGAAUCUUAUAUGGAUAUGUUUAUUUUUCUGUCAUUAUACAUGUGAAUGACUGGGUGUGGUCAUAGAAUAAGUAUCUGUUAUUUAAUUGUGGAUAAUUAUUUUAAAAUACAAUAGUAGUAAUAGUGGUGGUGAUGGAGGUGGUGAUGGUAAAGGUGGUUGUAUUGAUGUUGGUGGUGUGUGCACAUUUUUGUGUAUAGUCCCUUUGAAGGCCAAAAAAGUGAAUCUAUUCCCUGCAGUGAGCUACAGUUACUGUAAUAUGCUUGGUUUGGGUCCUCGGAAGUGAAUUCAAAUCAUCUGCAUUUGCAGUACAGUGUUCUUAACCUCUAGCUCCAAAUCUUAGAAUCUUGAGUCAUCAAAUAUAUGCUUUUUUAGUUACCUGUUUGUUAAUAUAUUGUCAUGAAACU